AAGCCUUUGAAUGGGCUGGAUCCUGGAAUUAGACUGCAGGGCUUCCAUUGGGCUUAGACCUGGCAGCAGCAUGCAAACAAAUCGGUGAACCGCUGCGGCCUGUCAAACCCCCACCCUUGUAGCCACCAGUACCACCAACCCAGCUUUGAGGGGGAUUCCAGACACUUCCACUCUACGCCAAACGCCAUGGAUUUCCUGCUACCCAUAAGAAGUCAAAACAUGAUAGCAUACUCCAGCUCUGCUCCUCUUCUGGGCCCUCACAGCAGCAGCACCAGGCACCACUACCAGUGCAUCAAGAGAAAGCUGCGGCCCGGUCGGAUUCUAGGUUUUGUCAUCAGCCUGGCCGCUGUCUGCACAGUCUGUUCAUGGAGUGCCUUGUCACUGGUCACAACAGUGGCCAAUGAGCUGGAAUCGGCCGAUAAGGGCUCAGCAGGGGCAGCGUUACCCCAAAGAACUCUCCUGCAGCACCGCAACCUCUCAGCAGCACAAGAGGACACACCACAGGCCAUGGAAUCAUCUUCUGUGCUAGAAAUGAAUCAUGGAGACUAUCCAACGGACUACUUCAGCGUGGAUGAGAGACGCCAGGGCUUUGUGGCAUUUCAUAUGUUUGGCAUGUUGUACAUGUUCAUAGCCUUAGCCAUAGUGUGUGAUGAAUUCUUUGUCCCCGCGCUCACUGUCAUCACAGAGAAGCUGGAGAUCUCUGAUGAUGUAGCAGGAGCCACCUUCAUGGCAGCAGGAGGCUCAGCCCCAGAGCUCUUCACCUCUGUCAUAGGAGUCUUUGUCUCCCACAGUAACGUGGGAAUUGGUACCAUUGUGGGCUCUGCUGUCUUCAACAUCCUGUUUGUGAUAGGGAUGUGCGCCCUGUUCUCCAAAGAGGUGCUGAACCUCACCUGGUGGCCUCUGUUCAGAGACGUCUCGUUCUAUAUCAUUGGCUUGCUCAUGCUCAUCUAUUUCUUUCUGGAUAAUCAAAUCACGUUGACGGAAAGUAUCAGUCUGCUUUUGUGCUACACCUUCUAUGUGACAUUCAUGAAGUUCAAUGCCAAAGUCGAAUUUGCCAUCAAGAGCAUGCUGGGCAGCAACCAGGUGGACGGGCUGGAUGAGGCACCAAAGGUGAAUGAACCGGGAGACGACGAGAACAAGCUGACGGCCAAACCCAGACUGCAGAGGGAAGGCAGCUGUGCUUCUCUACACAACUCGCUGAUGAGAAACAGCAUCUUCCAGCUCAUGAUUCACACCCUGGACCCCCUCAGUGAUGAAGGGCGUUUCAAAGAGAAGGCGUCAAUCCUUCACAAAAUGGCCAAGAAGAAGUGCAAAGAAGACGCUGCAAGUGCCAAUGGUGUAGCAGAUAAAAACAUCCCCAACAGUUCAAAUGUGGCAGUAGAAGUCACGCCGCCCAUGAACGGUGUUGCAGGAGGAGAAGAGGACGGUGACGAAGAGGAAGAUGAAGACCAGCCUCUGAGCCUCGCCUGGCCAGACACCAACAGGAAACGGCUCACAUACCUCUUGAUCUUUCCCAUAGUCUUUCCUCUUUGGCUCACGCUGCCUGAUGUCAGGAGAGAGACUUCAGAAAGGUUCUUCCCCAUCACUUUCAUCGGCUCCAUCUGCUGGAUCGCUUUCUUCUCUUACCUGAUGGUGUGGUGGGCUCACCAGGUUGGAGAAACUUUCUGGAUCACAGAGGAGAUCAUGGGUUUGACCAUUUUAGCAGCUGGAACUUCUAUCCCUGACCUCAUCACCAGCGUGAUUGUAGCACGAAAAGGCCUCGGUGACAUGGCCGUGUCUAGCUCUGUGGGCUCCAACAUCUUUGACAUCACUGUGGGUCUGCCGUUCCCCUGGCUACUCUACAACAUCAUCAAUGACUUCAAGCCGGUAGAGGUGAGCAGCAACGGCCUGUUCUGCGCCAUCGUGCUACUCUUCCUCAUGCUCCUCUUCGUCAUCAUGUCCAUCGCGGCUUGCAAGUGGAAAAUGAGCAAGUUUUUGGGCUUCCUCAUGUUCUUGCUCUACUUCGUCUUCCUCAUCGUCAGCGUCAUGCUGGAGGACAAAAUUAUCGUCUGUCCCGUCACCGUCUGAUGAAAGGGAAUCCAGACAGACAGAAAUUAAGCAUAACUGUGCUCGUGUCAAUCAUGGUUUCUUAUAGGAGUGCAGCACGUGGCACAAACUUUCUUUUCUCUGUCCCACAUACACACGAUAGAGGACUGCAUACUGCACACACACAGACAUACAAAUACACACACGCACACACAUACACACACAAACUGUUGGUGUUAGCUAGGCAGAGGCCAUGAGUUAAAUCAGCCUUGCAGCUUCAGGCCUACCUUUCUUUCACAGACUUUAUGCCACCUAAUAUGAAAGACUCUCGUCGUACCAUGUGACUACAUCCAUAUGCCACUAUUGGUUGAACCUGCUGAUGGACACUGAAUGGAAAUCUGGGAUGGAAAUAUCAAUCGUAAAAAUACAGCUUUUUUGUUUGUUUUUUGGGGCUUUUUCAACUGAAGGACUGUGUGGCAGAAUAAGAAGAUCAUCCACUACUAAUGGAAGCAGCCAAGACAAGCAGAUAAACUGAGUAUGAAGGGUCAAAAAAACGUUUUUUUUUUUAAUUUUUUUUAUUUCGAACACCACCUGGAGAGAUCAAUGAAAUCGUGUCAUGGAAAUAAAGAAAGGGCUCAGACAAGACAAAAGUGUGAUAGCUGCUUUGUAGAAGCUUAGAUUUUAAACCAUGUCCACUCCACCACAGGUAUGAAUUUGCAAUGUCAUGAAAAGAAAAAUAUUCAGUGUUAAUAAUUUGAGGUCAUAUUUGUCAGAAAUUGUAAUGAUGUUGUAAAUCCCACUCAUAAAUAUCUAUAAUAGGCUGCACUAAAUGCUAAAUGUUUAUUACUAAACUGGUGAAACAGGUUUUUAAUGUGUCUGCUGACAUCUUUAUAUAAUCCUGCUAUUUAAUUUGGGUUUUUCUUACAGUAAGCUUUUGAACAUGACUUUAUCUGUUCUGGCUGCCUUUACAUGCACCACUUUAGAGAGGGUUACUUCAGUAUUACGAUUGAUGCAGUUUGAACAACAAAUGGUGGACUAAAGAUUAGUGUUCUCUGUUGUAUUUUAAACAUAAAAGUUUUUUUUAAUUACGUGUCUAUAAAAGGGACACUUCAGUAUCACGGAGUUUCUGCUGCAAUGUUUUGGUGUAAAACUGCUCACGUACUGUAUGAAAUAACACAGAUUAUUGUGUUAUUUCUGUUUUUGUUCAGCUAGUGAAACAAUACUGAAUGAAAAGCAUGCAAUUUUACAACACUAGCAUCCUUCUGUGGUUGUAUUUCCAUUCGAAUAUUACCGAAAUUUUCAGAAAGGGAAAUAAAGAUGUAUAGAAAAAUGCAAGUUAAAGAUUAAUUCAAUAAAAGUGUACCUGUA